CAAGACUGAGUGGGUCACCAUGUGCAGCAGGAAGCUUAGGUGCGGGGAUGGGGUAUGAUGGUUCCACUCCUCCCUGGAACUUUGCAAUACUUCCCCAGCCAGGUCGGCGACUCCAUCCCAGGCUGUCCUCUCCAGACACAGGUCCACUCUCUGUGUGCCCGGGCAGGGGAGGGAGCAAUGCUGCAGGAAGCACCCUUCACCUCCAAGUCCCCACUUCUCAGUGGACAGGCCUUUGUAGGAUCAAGCUUCGGUGGUCAGGCUGUCUUGCUUUGGAAGAAGGAGAUCUAGCUGACUGUCACUGCAUAUUAACCUGGAUGACGUGACAUGGAUAUGCCCAGGGGGACAACAGCAGGCCCAGCAGAGGCCCCUUCCUCCUGACCAUACCCUCCACCAUUCUUGUCAACGUUGGGAUGUCUUGGCUGAGACCCACAGCUGAGUCCCUGCUGGAAACUAGCGGAAUGCUGGGUGGCUUCGAGUCUUCUUAGGAGGGGAGGAAAGAAACUCUCGUUGAAACAAAAGCCUCUCCACACAACAGGCUACUUCUCCAGUGAGCAUGGGCCUCUGGCCUGGGGCCUGGCUGAAUGUAGGGUCUGACUACAGAGAGGGAGUUUGAGGUAGAGAUCACCACCUUCUGUUGGCCCAGGGUGGACAGUGUAGGCUGAGCCAGGGCCAGGCAGGGAGCCGGGCCCCUAGAGAGCUGUAGCUGAAAGUCAGACAUGACCCUGAACCACCAGGUGCUUGCUCUAGGCACGGGGCACUGAGUGGGACAUGUCUGGGAUGAACAAAAAGGCAUCACUGCUCAGCGUUGGGGUGGGAGAGAGUCCACCGCUGAUUGGAAUCAGCAUUGUCAGCACAGCACAGGGAGAUAGGAGCAACGCCACCAAAUGCCAUCUCUGGAUGGGCGGCUGGCACUUUCACUUCAAAGGCGCCGAGGCUCUUAAGUUGGCAAGGAAGGGACCCGGAGAAGGGAGGACUAAGAAUUUCACUUGAUGACCCUUGCCUUUCUGGGUCUGGGAUGAGCCGCGCGCAGCGCACCCUUAACUACCCAGAGUGCUGUGCCUUUAAGGUCCACUGGGGGCGUGAUGUCAGCCGCCCUCCGGCACUUGGAGAGGUGAGCGCGGCAGCCCGCGCAGCGGGUGACUCGGGGGCUGGGUUUGGAGAAGGACCUGCGGCGUGCGGGAGACUCCGACUUUGGUCUUGCGGCGCGCUAGCGCCCGCGGGGCCAUGCCCCACUGACCCUAAGUGAGCACUGCCCCGGCUUCGGGAGGGCGAGACCGGAGCACCGGCCAUGGGAAGCCUCCAGCUGGAAGACUUUGCGGCGGGCUGGAUCGGAGCAGGAGACCACCUCUCUACCCCCACCGGUGGCUGCAGAGCCCUGCUUCACACCUUCCUGAGCAGAAGUGGCUCCUUUCACAUUGAGUGCAGCCAGUGUCAUCGUCGGCCACCCUCUGGACACGGUCAAGACUCGCCUGCAGGCCGGUGUCGGCUACGGAAACACCCUCAGCUGCAUUCGCAUGGUGUACAGGAGGGAGAGCGUGUUUGGCUUCUUCAAGGGCAUGUCCUUCCCCCUUGCCAGCAUUGCCGUCUACAACUCCGUGGUGUUUGGGGUCUUCAGUAACACACAGCGGUUCCUCAGCCAGCACCGCUGCGGGGAGCCCGAGGCCAGUCCUCCACGCACGCUGUCGGACCUGCUCCUGGCCAGCAUGGUGGCCGGUGUGGUCUCUGUCGGGCUGGGAGGGCCCGUGGACCUCAUCAAGAUCCGGUUGCAGAUGCAGACACAACCAUUUCGGGACGCCAACCUCGGUUUGAAGUCCAAGGCAGUGGCUCCUGUGGAGCAGCCAGCAUACCAGGGGCCCGUGCACUGCAUUACAACCAUUGUGAGGAAUGAGGGCCUGGCAGGGCUGUACCGGGGGGCCAGUGCCAUGCUGCUGAGGGAUGUUCCAGGCUAUUGCCUCUACUUCAUCCCCUACGUGUUCCUGAGUGAAUGGAUCACACCUGAGGCCUGCACAGGCCCCAGCCCCUGUGCCGUGUGGCUGGCAGGCGGCAUGGCAGGAGCAAUUUCUUGGGGGACAGCGACUCCUAUGGAUGUUGUGAAAAGUCGACUCCAAGCUGAUGGGGUUUAUUUAAACAAAUAUAAAGGUGUCCUGGAUUGUAUCUCCCAGAGUUACCAGAAGGAAGGUCUUAAAGUAAGCCCACAGCAGGCCUGCGGGUUCAGUGUCAGUUCCUGGAAGGUGAUUCACACAUUUAGGGGGAUGUGGGACUACAGAGAAGGGAAUCAGGAGAUCAGGCGACUGCCGGUGAUUAUGUGUCAGGUGCCACAAGUGGGUGCUUUGUCAAGCACUUCACCUAGGUGGUCUUUUCACAUGGCCAGUGGAGGAGGUAGGUAUGUGACCCACAUGACAGAGGUUCAGAGAGGGCUGAUAAUCUGCUUACAGCCACACAGCUGAUCCAUGGUGGUGCCUGGGCCUGGUCUACAUCUGUCUGUCACCACAGUUUGCUUUCUCAUCAAGAGAGGUUGGGCAGUCCUUCCUCACUCAUGGCUCAGUGCCUUCCCCACCUCUCCUCCUGGUGGGAAUUGCCAGAGCUGCCUUGCCUCCUUCCUGUCCUUAGUCAGCUCAUCUCACCAGCUCCAGGCCCUGUGAACUGUCUUCUGCUCUCCCACCUAAGCCCUGAUCCCAGACCUCUGGUCUCAGCUGAGGAGGCAGCCUCCGACCCAUUUCCCUUGGCUGUGUCUCCUCAGUUCUUCCUACAGCUCAAGAGCUUAACCUAACACACACCCCUUCCUACCACCUGAAAAGGUGCUGCCCCAGGAUAGACCAGACUUCCACGUCCAGUGUCCAAGGUUAUAAACAGAUUCAUCACCCUCCGGAGAAACCAUCCUGCUGGCUCUUUCUUGCACGGGCUCCUUGCUUUCUUGAUGUGGCUCUUAGAGUCAGCAGAUGUGGGUUCAAAGUCAGAUGUAGCUACUGUGAGCUGGCAGGAUCCAAGCAAGCAGCUUCAUGUCUCAGGGCCUCAGUUUCUCCUAGAAUGAUCAUCCCUUCCAUGAAGGGUGGGGCAUUUGUGGGUUAAUACAAAAAGCACUCCAUUCAAUAUGUAACCCAUAGGGAAGAGUUAACCCUUUCUCAUUUGCUUUAGUAUGAUCAGUAUUGAGUUUAUUAGCACCAGCGUUACCCCAGAGCUCUGAGUCUUUUCUCACAUGGCUGCCCCACCCCAGGCCCUGCCAGAUGAGUCUGCCCCAUCCUUCCAGGCCCAGUGCAGUCCACCACCCUCCCCAGGAUCCAUGUCCUUGGCUUGCUUCUCCUGUACCUCUCUCAAGGCGCUUCUCACACACCACCACGGGUGACAGCUAUUUCUAUACCUGCCCCUCCUCUGCCUCUUACAGCAAGUUUUCCAAGGUCCUGUUUUACUCUCUCCCCCAACUUGGGAAAGACGCAGAGUUGGGAUGACCCAGUGUUGUGGUAAAUAACUAACAUGCCACAUAAGAGGGACAAGAUCCAAAAGCUAGAUCAAAGGGCCACAUCUAAAGGACAGACCUACAAGAAGUCACUGUAAAGUCCAGCCCUUAGUAUUCAAUCAUGGAUCAAUCAUCUGUGUAAAGGAUGGGGCAAUCUGAUUUGAUGAACGCUCCUAAGGAAAAAUGCCUAAGUGCUUUAGUUUUCAAAUGCUUAUUUUUAGAGCAACUAGUAUGUGGUAGGCACAGUUCUAGGAGCUGCGGACAGAGCAGUAAACUAAAGAGAAAAAGCCCAUGCUCUGAUCAGCUAAUGUGCAGUGAGCCAACAGUGAGACCUGUCCCAAGGUUGCAUUAAUAGAAGUAUAGUGGGUAGAAUAAAGGAGGUGGAGGCUUCUGCCCUGACCAGAUCACAGCUGAAACGUUGCAUCCACUUUUGGUCACUGCCCAUUAAGCAAGACCUUAGUGGUGCCCUGGGAAUGAAGAGCAGGAUAUCAUAGUGUGUGAGGAAAGGCUGGACCCUGGUUAGUAUAAGAAGAUGUGAUAAUGAGGGAACUUGAGUUCUAUCUUUAUGUUUUAAGGAUGGAUAAACUCAGAGCUUUACUAUUCUCAUAAUUUUAAAUUCCUUUUUAAAAUUUUUAACAAGAGCUGCUCUGACAGAAGGGUGAAGCUCAGCCCUGGUGCGGCCUCAAUUAUCUUUUGUAUCUUUUUUUUUUCUUCUUCUUCUUCUUUUUUUUUUUUUUUUUAGCAGAAGUAGAGUUUGUGAUUCAGCCAAUGAGUACAGAAGGAUAUAAAAGUGUUUCAAAUGGAUGUUUCAUUUUUAUCUGAGAUGUUUUUGUCUACUUCCCCAAAUACUAAUGUGUCAUAAUUUAUAAAAAGUCUAUAGAGGCAAAAUAUAUUGCUGAUAUUAUUUCCUGCAAAAAUUACUGUGCUCUUUAAAAAAUGAAGUCCUGGAAGUCAGCUAAGUUCAGAUGAUUGGUUUCUUAAUUUUGAUAGCAUUUGGUUCUCACUAUUGGUUCAGAGACAGGUUUUAAGUCAAGAUAACAAUACUCAGCUUGAGUAACCACUGCGUGAUCAGAUGGUUCAAGGUUAAUUGUUUAAAAUUUGUAUCAAUUGGUCAAAAAUUGGUAAUGUAUGAACAUAGGAAGCUUCCAAAACUACCUGAGGAUAUACUGUGUCAAUGCCCUGCCUGUGGUCCCUGUCCUCACUCAAAGGCAAUUACCAUAAAGUUUCUUGUGAUACAUUUCAAAAACAUUUACAGUGUAUAUAAGAAUAUAUGUGUAUGUACCUAUCUAUGUAUGCUUGUAUAUGUGACUGUUUACUUAUGAACAUAAAUAGUAACAUAAACAAAAAUAACGACACCAUCUAGAACAAUCAGGUUGUCUCAAAGGCAGUUUUCUGGCAGCGGCAGGAGGAGGAGGUAGAGAGGAUUCCCCGGUGCCCCAGGGAUGGCUCCAGUUCCCGGCUGGCUUGGGCUCUGGCCAUAUGGAGCACCCCUCCCCAAGCAUUCUUGACCGUGGCUCGCAGAGGCAGAGUGCAAGGCCCCAAGUCCAUCAUCAUCCAAUCUGUUCUCACCUUCCUAUGGAAGAAGAAGUUUGUGACAGGAAAGAAUUAGAAAGGCAUUAAUAAUGAUGAUGGUGACCAAUUUGAGUAGCUCUUUGUAACCCACUUAGGGAUGAUCAGUGGCGUAGCCUUCGUGGUGGGGAAAAUCAAAAGUCCAUGGACUUGUCGAGGCAUCUCCAAGUAGAAACAGAAGAAACAUCUGGUAGUUUUGGAGCGAUUCUCUGCCCACUGUUAGGGUCGUCUUGGGCUACAUGGACCAUAGCUCUGACUUGGAGAGUUGCCAUCUGAAAUAACGAGGCUGGUGAAGAACCUUGGUAUUCUUGGCUCCAUGGAAGCAGCUACUGUGGAGGGGCUGUGGCGGUGAGAUGAGGCUGAAUGGCAGACAGAGGGGGCAUUUGUAGGUAGACAGCUUCCGGAGGCACCAUGGGUUGCUGUCCCUGGGGAAUCUGGAGCCUCCCUCUUGCUCCAGGAACCCUGAACUACAGCCACCAGGACUCUUCCUUUUUCACGUCUAAAAGUUCAUUUAUUCAUUCAUUCAUUUACUCAUCCAUCCAUCCAUUCACUGAUUCAUUUAAUGUGUUUAUGGAAGGUCUACGCGCUCGCAGGUGCUGGGGUUUCAGAGGCAAACCACCCACACAGCCCUGCAUUCACUGUCCUGACUGUGGUUGCGAAUCCCACCCCCACCCCUGUUGUCUGUCCUUCCUGACAGGUAAGUCAGGGACACUUGGAGAACAGUGUGAGGAGUGCUGCGAUGGGGAGAUACUGAGUGCACAGAAGGUGAGGGGCCAUCAUCUACCUGGGGGUGGCCAUGGCGACACUGCCAGGCUGCAAGCCAGGCCUGGGAAGCACUCCAGGCAGAGGGUACCAGAAGAGG